AUGUCGUCCGGUCUAGGAGAAAAAGCUAGAACUGUGCUUGAUGUCAAAGACGACGAUCCCGACAGACAGUCAGGGACCAAAGCUUAUUUUCGAGUCUGGGGGUACUCGAGCGUCCAGGAUCAUGUGAUCAGGGUCACUGGACUCUUCGCAGCUAUUGCAUGCGGUGCAGCUUUACCGCUGAUGACUCUUGUGUUCGGUACUCUAAUCGACAACUUCAACGACUGGGGCGCCGGGAAGCUCUCGCCUGAUGAGUUCCGGUCUCACGUCUCUCAGAAUGCCUUGUGGUUCACGUAUCUCUUCAUUAGCAUCUUUGUUCUCUCGUCAUUCAACACUGCGUGCCUACGACUGACCGCUACCCGGUGCGUCAGGGCCCUCAGACACGACUUCAUCCGUUCAAUCCUCCGCCAGGAUCUUUCCUACUUCGACAAUUGCCUGCCAGGCACGGUGGCAACCGUGCUAUCCAACAAUGCAGACCUUGUCGAGAUCGGUCUCGGCGAGAAGCUUGGAAUCGCCAUUGAGGGCGUGGCACAGCUUUGCGCUGCAUUUGUCGUCGCCUUCGCUCGGCAGUGGAAAUUAACUCUGGUCGUCGCUGCGACUCUUCCACUGGCGAUGCUUGUGAUUGUCGUCACUGUAAUCUUAGAGACAAGGAUCACUACAAAGAUCCUGGCCAUUUACAGUAAGGCCGGCGGGAUCGCGGAGGAGGCGUUGGCCAGUACUCAUAUCGUCAAGGCGUACAACGCUGCUUCAAAGUUGCAAGCUAGGUACGACUCGUACUUGGAGAGGGCGACGCAGCUCGGAGUCAAGAGGGGCCCGAUCCGCGGUAUACAGUACGGGGCUCAAUUCGCAAUCAUGUUUUGCGCCUACGCGCUCGCUUGGUUCUACGGAAUUCGACUCCUUGUGAAAGGCGAGAUCGAAAGCGGCGGCUACCUGAUCACAGUCCUCACCUCAGUUCUGAUAGGCAGCCAAUCCCUCACGCUUAUUGGCCCCUUCAUUGGGGAGGUUUCAAAGACGGCGGCUGCCGCCCAGGAGCUUUUCCAGGUGAUCGAUCGGAAGCCAAACAUAGACAGCCUCUCCAGCGAUGGGAGGACGCUCACCGGUGUGACCGGACAUAUAUCCUUCCGGAACGUCUCCUUUGCAUAUCCCUCGCGGCCCAGUGUGAGGGUUCUGGACGACGUGACUGUUGACUUUGAAGCUGGGAAGACCACGGCCAUUGUUGGCAGUUCAGGCAGCGGCAAAAGCACCAUCCUAGCCCUGGUCUCCCGAUUUUUCGAUCCUGUCUCCGGCUCAGUUCUCUUAGAUGGACACCCGAUUCACGAGUUGAACAUUCGCUGGCUCCGCGGCCAAAUCGGGUCUGUCCAGCAGGAGCCGGUGCUCUUCAGCGAAAGCAUCUUCGCCAACGUCUGCCACGGCUUCUUCAGAACAGACAUGGAUCUUCUACCAGAGCAUGAAAGGCGAAUUCGCGUGCAGGAAGCAUGCGAGGCAGCAUUUGCUCAUCACUUCAUCCAGGGUCUGCCCGAACAGUACGACACUCCAGUUGGGGCUGGAGAUGGCCUAUUGAGUGGCGGGCAAAAACAGCGUAUCGCAAUCGCCCGCAGUAUUAUCCGGAAUCCUCCCAUCCUGCUUCUGGAUGAAGCCACCUCUGCACUGGACCCAAAUGCAGAAGGGACCGUGCAGGCGGCGCUCAAUAAUGUGUCCAAGACGCGGACAACUAUCAUUGUUGCCCAUAGGUUGUCGACUGUGCAGCGAGCCGACAACAUCGUCGUUCUCCGUAAAGGACGAGUGGUGGAGCAGGGGUCCCACCGAGAACUCCUAGCGAAGAAGGGGACAUACUUCGAUCUCGUCGCUGCUCAAACUGAGGAUGGUAUCAUCUCCACAGCUGGAGACCAAACUGGGACAUCUGAAGCUGACAGCGUACUUGUAAAAAAGGCAGCUGUCGAAGAUUAUAAUAGCGCCAUGAGUAGCCAGUCAUCGAAGGCCACAGCCCAUGAGAAACGAGUUCCCCUUCUAAAGUGCCUUUUCAUUCUCUUGCGCGGUCGGCUACAGCUGUGGCCCCUCUUUUUCUGCGGACUGAUUGUCUCUAUCGGUGCAGGCAGUGUCUUCCCUGUUCAAGCGGUCGUUUUCAGCAGAGCCAUCCUGAUAUUUCAAUUUCCCCUCCCUGCAAUGGCAAGUGAGAUGCUUCACAAGGGCAACUUCUGGGGCAUUAUCUAUAUUGUCCUUGCAGUAUCUGUCCUGAUUUGUUACGCCGGCCUGGGUUUUUUCUUCACCGUUGCAGCGUCUUUUUUGAGCGGGACAUACCGCAGUCGAUACUUUGCAGCAAUGCUCAAUCAGGACGUCAGCUUCUUCGAAGAAGAAGAUCAGUCAGCUGGGGUGAUGACAGGUCAACUUUCCACCGAUCCCCAGCGGAUAGAAGAUUUGAUCUCGCUCUGUCUGGGCUUCAUUCUUCUUGUAGUCGUCAACGUGCUUGCCUCAUGCAUACUAGCCUUGGCGGUAGGAUGGAGGCUUGCUCUCGUUGCUAUCUUUGGAUGUCUUCCACCGUUAUUUCUUGCCGGCUAUGUUCGGGUCAGGCUGGAGAUCACCUGCCAGGAACGGACGACAAGGCUCUACUUAGAAAGUGCCCGGUUUGCUACGGAGGCGAUCAGUGCCAUUCGCACUGUAGCCAGUCUCACGCUGGAGGAAAAGGUCAUUCAGAUGUAUGAUGAACGGUUGUCGCACACCUCGCCUAAGUUCAUCCGAAUCACCCUUGUUUCGGCCAUUUUAUUGGGGUUAUGCGAAAGUCUUUAUCUUGCCACACUAGGCCUAAUCUUCUGGUACGGGGUCAAGCUUCUAUCACAAGGGGAAUACAACGUCGAAACGUUCUUCAUGGUGUUUGUUGCCGUGAUCUUCGGUGGUCAGGCAGCUGGAUUCCUGCUCGGCUAUACAGUGAAUACCGCAAAGGCACACACAGCUGCAAACAACAUUAUACAUAUCCUUGGCUCCCGGCCGUCAAUAAACGCCUCCACCGGAAAGCAAGAGACAGUCCAAUUAGACUCGGACACUGCCAUCGAGUUCAAGGACGUGCACUUCAGCUAUCCAGCCAGGCCCACGGUCCCCGUGUUGCAGGGACUAUCCUUUAAGGUGAAAAAGGGCGAACACAUUGGCCUUGUCGGUGCUUCUGGGUGCGGUAAGACCACGGUGAUAUCGCUACUGGAGAGAUUCUACGAGGCUGGCUCAGGGGAGAUCUUUAUCAAUGGCAUCCCGCUACAUGAUAUUGACGUCCACAGUCACCGUGCCCGGAUCGGCCUAGUCACCCAGAACCCAACCCUCUACCAAGGCUCCAUCCGCGAUAACGUCCUGAUCGGCAUCAGCAUUUCUCAUCAAAACGAGGAGCUGGACAGUCAAAUUGAAGAGAAACUGACCAAAGCAUACAAGGAUGCAAACAUCCAAGACUUCAUCCAAUCCCUACCAGAAGGUCAGCAGACCGAUCCUGGCACCCGUGGACUAGCCUUAUCGGGCGGCCAACGACAGCGCAUCGCAAUUGCGCGAGCACUCAUCCGAGACCCCGAACUCCUCCUGUUCGACGAGGCUACGAGCGCGCUAGACACUGAAAACGAGAGGCUUGUCCAAGAGGCUAUUGAACGUGUUUCUCAUGGUCCCGGAAGAACCACAAUUUCUGUGGCACAUCGGCUCACAACCGUAAGACGGUGUGAUCGCAUACUAGUUCUGCAUGAGGGACGAGUCGAGGAAGAAGGGACUCACGCGGAACUGAUGGCGAGAGGGGGACGGUAUUAUCAAAUGGUCCUUGCUCAGGGCCUUGACAGAUAG